AUGUCAUGGCCUCUUCAGCGUCAAAGACCCCCUGGAUAUUUGAACACAUAUGGCAAAGUUGCUGUCAAGACCCACGAAAAAAACGACUGCUUAACUGAGGUUAUGAUAGCUUCCGCCGAGAAGUGGCUCGAAGAUAGAUCAAUUAAUCUGAGUGCCCCCCUGGCAGAUAUUCCCGUUAGUCUCAAUUAUACUGUUGAUGUAGUAAGAGGACGGGUAACAACGAAGUUGCUCAAGGACGCCAGAGUCGUGCCGUACGUCAAGACCAACAUUUACGUUAUGUUACUGAGCUCCGGGUCCAGCAAGGACGUUUGGGAUAGAUCCAUCAAUCAUUACAAUAAAAAGGUCUCAGCGGGAGGUUCUACUCGUGGCGAGGGCGCACUGCUCGCUCUCGGCGGGAGAAUUGCCACUGGAAGCGAUGUGGCAGAUGAAGCUGGGAGCAAGUACAUUCAUGUCGGGCCAGGAGGGCAUCCUGUUGGUUUGCUCUCCAAUGGCUCGAACCUUGGAUUAUCUAAUGUAUUUCUUCAAUCCAUUAUCUGGAUGAAGCCGUGGACAUACGACUAUUCAGUUCAUCCUCUGCCGUGGGGAUCCGAGAUUGACAGGAAAUUCUACAAAAAGCCCGAUUUAGAGUUAGAGUCUUCAGGACAGAUAGCAUCCUAUCAAGUAUCUGCAUUACCUUUGGGUCAAGUACAUCCAGGGAAUUCUCCGUGGGCUGACCUCCUGUACGACUGCGAGAAGCAUGCAAGAGAAGAUGGUUCUAGUGGUGCCAAGAUUGACUUUAUCCUCGCUCUGCCAAAUGCACUCCCCGCUGUUCCUCACAAUGGAAUACAUGAUGCUGUGAGAAGUUGUGGAUAUACCUUCUUCCUUAAUCUGGUGGGUGCUCUUGAAUAUCGACAUGUUACGUACGUGAAUUGUGAAGUUACUAAUGCCAAGUGCUUGCAGAUUGACUACUCCGCGGACGUGAUGCCUGUAACUCACGUGGACAGGGAAAAAGACCAGUUGCCAAGCACUUUCGAUAUCUCGAGACUCAACGAAAUUGCUCGAGGUGCCUACAAGUUAAACAAUGCAGAUAAUAUACAUGGUCUUCCAGUUGGUGUCCAGGUUGUUGGAAGACGGUUGGAGGAGAAUAUGGUGCUAGCGGCUAUGAAGAGGGCGGAAGAUGCAUUGGGCGAUGGCAGGUUUUAA